GUUCUACUAAGGGGGGUUGUUAGGUUUACUGUUAAGGGACAAUCUUAGGGUAAUCGAAAGUCGCUGAACCAAAGUCGAACUCGAUAUUACACUAGAGGGUGUAAAGUACAAGAUCUCCACCUUUUUCUAUCUACUAAGGUUCUAGCUUAUAAUACAGUUCUCUACACUUGUGUAAGCUUAUCGCUUACACAAACUUCCGGCGUCACAAACAAACGCCUUUCCAUGGAAUCCAACGCCUCCACUAAACGAUUCCACACACCGGAAUGCAGCACUUCCCUGCAAGCUGAGCUGUCAUCAUCUACCACCCCGAUGCGCGGAGGAAGACCCAUCCACUCUCCCAGUUACUACAGUGGGCCCCUUGACGUCAAACGAGCAACCCUCAUCGAUGAUCUCUUCAUGGCUGUGCGAGAAGUCCCUUUUCCAACCUUCCUGUCCUCCACUAUGCCUCAGUGCCACCAAGCCACAUUUGAUACCGUCUGGAAGGCCCUCCGCGAUGGGGGUGAGAUUAACUUCCAGGGUCAAUGGUCCCGCCUUGCCCCCGUUCUGGGGAACCAAGAAGAGAUGCAGGAAGAAGAAGACGGAGAGGAGGGGAUGCAGGUGCAGGAAGAGGAAGAAAACAAUAUUUUCUUAUCCUCAGAAAAAAACAUAUGCAAACCUCCAGCACAGAUCUCCGAGGUCACACCUUUCCCAUCGGACGUUGAGGCUGUCAGCAAGGGCGGCAUAGCCCAUCACAGUCAGAAACCCACCUCGUUGUCAGAAAAAAUCAUGUACCGUCCUCUGGUCCAGAUCUUUGAGAAGAUGUCUAUGGUCGCUUCUUUCCCAUUGGAGGUGAAGGCUAUCAGCACGGGCGACAUACCUCCUCGUGGUCAGAAGCCCACCACGUCUAAGCCAGAUGGAUUCCUGGCAUUGCCAUCAACCCACCCGAAAACCAAGUAUGCCUGGGAGGACAUUGUACAAGCAUGGGAGUUCAAAAAAUCGAAUGCGUUGACCAGCCAGUUCGACAACCGCAGCAAGGUGGUUUGGAGCGGCCAUCAGAUUCUACGCACAGACCCUCGCCGGCUAUGGACCACUGGUCUCACCGUGGAGAAGGCCAAUGCAAGGGUGUGGUACUUUGACCGUAUGGUGGUGUUGGUUUCUGAGCCGUUCAACAUCCUAAAGGACCCUAUGACCCUUAUCCAAUUCUGGGUCAGCCUUUUUUCUCUUCCAAACCCUUCCUUUGACCCUACCAUGUCCCUCAAACGGGCCAAAAGCGACAACAGGAUCUAUUAUGCCAUCCAAGCCGGAGGGCGUACGCUCUAUACCCGAGAAGUCAUAUCAGACUUCAAAGCUAACGCCAUGAUCGGUCGCGCCACUCGAGCCUGGUCCGCACAUCAACGAGAGAGUGAUGACAAGGAGGAGGACGGCAAGGUAUACGUGGUUCGGGCCAUUUGGGGACCAGUAGACGGGGUUCAUGAGAAGGACAUCAGACAACGACUCAGGGAGGACAUCCGAAGCAAGGCCUUGACACCCAAAGAAAAGCAGGAAGACUUGGAGGCCUUCAAAGAAUAUUUUUUGAAUCAUCUUCCAGAGCUUUCUGGACCCGUAUUAUCCGAUACCCAUCCCCUCUCCCUAACCUUGCCUGAGUCGCUACACAAUGCUAGGGCUCUUCCCCUCAGGUUGGAGGACGCCAAGGAUCCAUCGUUCCUUCUUGGCACCCAAACGCCAACGUCCAACCCUGAGUUCUGGGCUCCUCCUCCUCCUCACCUCCCAAAGAAGAUCGUCCAAAGAGUCCAUUACCGCGAUGUGUUCCUAGGACGUCCCUACUCCCUCACCGAGUUGCGUUCUGCAGGGGACAUAUUCCAAGCCCUCAUGGGGUGUGUCAAAGGUUUAAAGCUGAUGUCAAAGUAUGGUUACGUACACAGGGACAUCAGCCCAGGGAACCUGUUCUGGGACAAGAGUUGUAAGACCGGUCAGCUGGGCGAUUUGGAGUACAUGCGGCAUAUGAGCGAUCCACCCAAGGAUAACGUGAAGACCGGCACACUUCAAUUCAUGGCCUGCGAGAUACUCACUGAGGGCCCACUGCACCUCAAAUCCAAGAUGAAUAGGCGUGAGGGAAUUUCCCGUGAACAGGCUGUCAAGGUUUUUUCUUCCUCCCCCCAAUCAGAGCCUCCACCCUUCCAUCCCCUUCAUGAUAUAGAGUCUAUGUGGUGGGUUGCCCUCUGGAUUCUCAUCAGUCGCGUCCCAGAGCCAACCGUCCAAUCUGCCUUGGGGGAAGAACUUCAGAAAAGAGUCGAUGCAACACGUGAUCUGUUCGUGGAACUGUUCCCUUCCCAGCCUAGCCCUAAGCGCAACAACUUCUUUCGGGACGAUGGAUCUCUCGUGCAGAGAGCAAAUACAUGCAUAAAUCCGAAACUAUCCACUGCUGAGGUGGGCCUGAAAACCGCACUGGGAGCCUUGGACUUGAUGCGUGAGGACCUGGUGGAAAUGUUCAAAAGCAAGGCAGAGAACAAGUCCUUGUCGGCAGACCCUCACCAGGUAGCAUUGGAGGCCUUCGAAGUAUGCCAUCAGAGCCUGGGCAUGUAUACCCUUGUUCUUCUCACCGAUGUCAAGAGGAAUCCUGAGACACCAGAUAGAAAAUCUAAGCGUCCAAGGGUUGUGCAGGCCUAGGUUUCUCUCUGCACUCACGUGUACUCAUCUCCUGUUUACUUGUUAAUUGUACUCAUCAUAAUGUAUCUUGUG